GACUUUCUUCUGCCUCUGAGCAAAGGGGCACAGACUCCUUCGUCGCUUCUGUUCCUUUACAAAGCUUUCAUUAUUCCCCCUUAAACUAGUUUUCAGAGAACACCAUGGCAUAUAGUAGGAGAAGUUUUGGUGGUGGUGGUGUUAGGGGAGGUGGCAAAGGCUUUAGCUCCCUCUCAGUUGGUGGAGGUGGAGGUGGAAGGAUAAGUGUAGGGUCUAAAUCGGGUGGCAACUUUGGAGGACAAAGUCUACACAAUUUUGGUGGGAGGAUGAAAACCUCAAUUAGUGCAACCAGUGUUCGAGUUGGGGGAGGAUAUGGUGGUGGAGUAGCAGGGGGAUAUGGUGGAGGUGGAUAUGGUGGAGGUGGUGGAGGAUAUGGUGGAGGUGGUGGAGGAGCAGGGGGAUAUGGUGGAGGUGGUGGAGGAGCAGGAGGAUAUGGUGGUGGUGCAGGGGGAUUUGGUGGAGGUAUUGGAAGUGGUGGAGGAGCAGAAGGAUUUGGUGGUGGUGGUUUUGGUUGGCAAGGUGGAUGGGGCGGCCCUGGAGGUGACCCUGGCUUUCCAGUUUGCCCACCUGGUGGAAUUCAGGAGGUCACAAUUAACCAAAGUCUUUUACAACCAUUGAAUGUUGACCUCGACCCAGCCAUCUCAAAGAAUAAAACAGAAGAAAAAGAACAAAUCAAAGUACUCAACAACAAAUUUGCUACUUUCAUUGACAAGGUUAGAUUCCUGGAACAGCAGAACAAAGUGCUAGAGACAAAAUGGAGCCUUUUACAAGAGCAAGGGCAGAAAGGUGGCUCACAGAAACUCAACCUAGAGCCAAUUUUUGAAGCCUACAUAAGCAAUCUGCGGAGGCGGCUUGACAGCCUACUAGGCGACAAGGGGCGUUUAAGCAAUGAAUUAAAGAAUAUGCAAGACCAAGUAGAAGACUUCAAGAAAAAAUAUGAAGAUGAAAUUAAUAAACGAACUAAAGCAGAAAAUGAUUUUGUGGUGCUUAAGAAGGAUGUAGAUGGUGCAUACAUGAAAAAGGUACAGCUGGAGACCAAUGUGGAUCUUUUAAACAGUGAAAUUGAAUUCCUGAGGAGACUAUAUGAUGCUGAAUUGUCAGGAACUCAAGGACAGACCACAGAUACUUCAGUCAUCCUGUCUAUGGACAACAACCGCGAUUUCAACACAGAUGAUCUUAUCAGGCAACUGAAAGCCCAAUUCCAAGAGCUUGCAGAUAGGAGUAAGGCAGAGGCAGAGGCAGCGUUUGAUUACAAGUACCAACAGCUUCAAGCAGUGGCAGGACAACAUGGUGAUAAUCUAAACAGCUCUAAGAACGAGAUAUCAGAAUUGAACCGCGCAAUCCAGAGACUAAAAGCGGAAAUCGAGACUGUAAAGAAACAGAUUGCAGGAUUUCAACAGCAAAUUGCUGAGGCAGAGGGACGUGGGGAACUGGCACUGAAAGAUGCUGGUAAGAAAUUGGCUGACUUGGAAGCGGCUCUACAGAAGGCCAAGGAAGAAUUGGCUCGCCAGAUUCUUGAAUGUCAGGAACUUAUGGGCGUUAAACUGGCUCUAGAUAUUGAAAUUGCUACCUACAGGAAACUACUGGAAGGAGAGGAGGACAGAAUGUCUGGAUACACUGUCAGCAAUGUCAGCGUUUCUGUGGUCAGUGGAAGUUCAUCCACUUUUGGUGGUGGAGCAGGAGGAGGAGGAGGAGGAGGAGGAGGAGCCGGUGGCACAGGAGGCUAUGGAUCUGGUGGUGGAGGAGGAGUAGGUGGAGGAUAUGGCUCAGGAGGAGGCUAUAGUUCUGGAGGAAGAGGAUAUUCAAGUGGAGGAGGAGGAUAUAGCUCCGGUGGAGGAGGAGGGCAUAGCUCAGGUGGAGGAGGAGGAGGGUAUAACUCAGGUGGAGGAGGGUAUAGCUCAGGAAGCAGAAGCUCAGUGGCCAUCGGAAAUACAACAUCCUCAACAAAAAAACCCUAUUAGAGCAGCUAUAGUCUUCAAAGUCUAACCUCACUAUACUUUUUCAUCGAUACCCAAUUUCAUCAAGUUUGACUAGUCCAUUUAAAUGUAUUAUCCUGUUUUUAUUUUACCAAUAAACCCUUGGUUAGAAUGCAGUAAUACCAUUUACGGUAAACUGUGCUACUGCAAAUCCUAGAUUAUAAAUAAUACCAAGAGUAGAUGAAUUCGAUAUAUUCUGGGAAGAGCAGCAAUAGCAGAUUAUUGAGCCUUGUGCAUGAACUGUGUAUGAAGGAACUGAGAUAUUCUGACAACAUAUUGUUGGAUUUGUGUAAAGAUAUCAUGGACUAGGUAGCUUAAAUACCAUAAAAAAUAAAGCUCUCUAACUCUUGUGAUGACUUUUAGAAUGUAUUCUCUUUGAUACAUUGUCUUCCUAAUGCACUGGGGAGGUUGUUCUUUCUACAGUGAAUGUUCUGCGGGUGUUGACAGCCAUGUGUCUUAUUUUUCCUGCUUGUCUUUAUUUUCGUAAUGUGUUGGAGAGAGGGAUCCUGGGCGUUUUGUAUAUAAAACUCUCCUGGUGCAUUUUUGGAUCUUCCAGCUCCAGGCUAAAAAUUCUUGACUUUUCUGUAAAACUUUAAUAAAGAGCAUGUGGAUUUUA